AUGGUGAGGUGUUGGAAGAAUUCAGAAAACCGUCUGGAGGAAGCUCAGUGCGCGGAUGAUGAUGCUGCUACAUCCUCCAGGUUGUCCCACUUCCCUCACAAAGCAUUCUGGAUCAGCCUCUCAGCCUCUCUGCUCGUGGUCGUCAUCGUCCUUGGUUUGACGGGGCACCUGGGGCUCUCGCAGCCUCACUCCGAGUCUUUACAGAUCGUCCGGAUCACUGCUCCAGAUCAGACCGGAGUUCUGAUCAACCAGUCGGCCAUUGUGGACCCGCAGAACGAUGUGGUGACCUUUUCUGUGACGUCACCCACCAAUCAGACAUCCACUGUAAUCUUUGAUAUCAAACAUGGUUUGAUAUGUUACAAACCCGUCGACCAGGAUAGCUGCUUCCUGCGAAAGAUGGAGAAGUCUGACUACAACAACGUGCACUCCCUCUUCCACGAAUCCACACACAAGCAGACUCAGUUCCAACUGAAUGAGACCCGGAGACAGACAGAGUUCCUGGGAGUGCUGGCAGCCAGUCAGGUGGACGUGUCCACGCUGGAGGAGCCUCUGCUGGCUCUGUGUCAGGACAGCUCUGUCCACUGGACCAGGAGGGUUGAUGGCCCGGGGAAACAGCGGCUGGUCUACUUCUGCAUCGACAUCUGCUUUCCCAGCAACAUCUGCGUGUCUGUGUGCUUCUACUACCUGCCAGAGUGACUUUCUCCUCGUCUGCUCCCAGCAAGAGAUCAGGGAAACAAAGUUGUCUUUUUAGCUCCCUGCACGAGAAAAAAAAAGAAGAAAAGAACAAAAGCCAGCUUUGACUGUUUCCUCUGUGCCAUACAGCUGCCAGUUAACCAGCGAACCCUCCCAGUCCAUUUACUUCCAUCCUUCCGACAGAGAAGAGAUGGAGACAGGCUGUCGCGGUUAUCGCCAAACUCCCAUCGUCACUCCCUUCAUGUGUAAUUCCCUCUCUGGUGGCACACUCCAGAGAUUACA